UUUUCCUCGUUCUUGUCAGAUUAUUGUUGCUGUUGUUUUGAUGGAGGAUUAAUUAAUAAAUUACACCAAAAACCAUCUAACAGCAUCUUAACUGGAGCUCUGAGAUUUUAUCAGAUCAGAAACCGAAGCAGCAGAUGGACGCAGAUAACCGGAAUCUCCCGCCGGCUCCGUAUCUGCUCUCAGAUCAGAACCGAGGGUCAUAAAGGCUGCUGAUGUGAGAGCAGAACCAACAGAACCAGAACCGACAGAACCAGGACCAGAACCAACAGGACCAGAACCAACAGGACCAGGACAACAUGAAGCUCCACGUCUGCUCUCUGCUGGUGUUCUGCAGUGCAUUGUGGGUCUUCUCCUCGUCCUCGGCCGUGGCUUCUCCUCGGUGUGACGCCAUGUUGGAGAUCUCAGGUGACGCCUCGUCUCUGUCGGGAGGAAACGGGAACAUCCACAGCAGAUCUCUGUCGCCAUGGAAAUGGACGUGGACCACGGUGAAGGACCGGAUCCCCACCACCAUCUGGGAGGCCCAGUGCACCAGCAGCUUCUGCUCCGGUCCAAACGGGGAACAAACCGACAGACUGAACUCGGUCCCCAUCACCCAGAACAUCCUGGUUCUGACCCGGCAGGACGGGGGGCGCUGCUACACCACAUCCUACCGCUCUGUGGCCGUCGGCUGCACCUGUGUCUGGACCAAGACCAGCCGGAACUGAACCGACGAUUCAGCGAGUCUUCUUCCUGAAGGGGGCGGAGCCAGCAGCAGCUCAGCAGCAUUUCAAGCUACAGAAACAUUCAGUUUAAAAUAAAACCAGGACUUCAAACUAAAUGUGUUUGUGUUGUUAUUAGCAGUUAGCAUCUUAUUAGCUUAGCUUAUUGAUUAAUUCUCAGUUUUUCUGGUUGUUGUUUUGGAUUUUCUCCACUGGUAAAGAUAAAAACUACAUGUUUUUAAAAUUUCUUAUUGAAGUUUGUAUUCAUAAAACCAGAACUUUUGUGGCCUCCAAACUUAGAGUUAAUUC